CCGCGUCAGGCGAAGACACGUAGCCAUUUUGACGUCGGUACACACGGAUCCGAAAACAAAUAAAUAAAACAAAUGUUGUUGCUCUUCAUUUGCCACGAUCUGAUCCAAUAUGGCGGUAAAUCUCAUGACCACGAUUAACACAGAUCAUGAAGACAUGAUUCAUGAUGCACAGAUGGAUUAUUAUGGACGGAAAUUAGCGACGUGCUCUUCCGAUCGAUCUGUUAAAAUAUAUGAAGUUGUUGGUGAAAGCUAUAAAUUAACUGCAGACCUGAGAGGUCACGAUGGUCCAGUAUGGCAAGUGGCGUGGGCACAUCCAAUGUAUGGUACCAUACUUGCAUCUUGCUCAUAUGAUCGAAAGAUUAUUAUAUGGAAAGAGGCUGGUAGUGACUACCAAGCAUUAUAUGAAUCGCAACAUCACGAUUCUUCAGUAAAUUCCAUAUGUUGGGCACCACAUGAGUAUGGUUUGUUAUUAGUUUGUGGAGCUACAGAUGGUGCUGUAUCAAUAGUGUCUUUCCAAGAUGGACAAUGGGAAGUUGAAAAAAUACCAAAUGCUCAUUCAUGUAUCGGUUGCAAUGCAGUCAGUUGGGCUCCUCCUGUACAAUAUCAAAAAUCAGACCAGAUCUCUGGAACAGGUAGCUUCACGUACAAGAAAAGAUUCGUCUCCGGUGGCUGUGAUAAUUUAAUAAAAAUAUGGUGUUAUAGUGAUGCAGAAGGUAAAUGGUUGGAAGAGGAUACGUUAAAUGCUCAUAGUGAUUGGGUUCGAGAUGUCGCUUUUGCACCGAAUUGCGGCUUAGAAAGAUCCAUAUUGGCCAGUUGUUCCUUAGAUUGCAGAGUCAUAAUUUGGAGGAAGAAUGAAAAAGAAGGUGGGAGCUGGGUACCACAAACGUUACAUAAGUUCAAGGAUGCUAUAUGGCAUGUUAGUUGGUCCAUUGCUGGAAAUAUAUUAGCUGUUUCAGGUGCUGACAACAAGAUUUCGCUAUGGAAAGAAGAAUUAGACGGUAACUGGGUUCGCAUCAGUGAUAUAGAGAAAGGUCAUGGACAGCCACCUCUUAUGUAGAUAACGUAUUUGUACAAAAAUGUUUUCUGGGUUACACGCUGGUUGGGUGGAUCACAUAUAUACAUAGGAGGACAUGUGAAACAUUGGUGUAUGCAAAAAUCCGUGUUAUAGAGAAUUUAUGAACAUAAAUAAUUUUUUUUAAAUCGUGUUUUUGUAAUAUAUAGAAUAAGAGACAUCAUUUGCGUUAACACAAAAGCCUUGUAUUUCUCUCAGAAUAAUCUUAAAUAAAACACAACUCUCUGAUGUCAGAAAAAUCUCAUUCUCUAGUUUAAAGAAAUUGUCACUCAAUUUCUUAGUGUGACCACGGUUACACCUGACUUAGUUGUCAUGGUAGUGUGAUUUUAUGUGAAAAGGAAUAUUUUGAACUAAAUGCUGUAUUUAUUAAUUCAGUGAUUUUAUCAAGCAUAGAAUGCGACCUCAAAAUCUCAA